AUGUGCACGUCUAGAGUGGUGGUUGGCCGUGAUGACUUUUCGGUCAGAAUACUGAAAGCAUUUCCCGUCUUGAGAGAAAACAUUGAGGCCUUUAUGGAUAGCCUCUGUUUUUCGUCACCCAAAUACGUUUCAAAGUACGACUUGGAUAUUUUUACCAGACUGUUUUGGCCAUGGUCCCACCUUGUGCAAGUUUGGACUAGUCUGGUUGGUCAUCCUGGCUACCAGAAAAACGGGACUUUCAACACUACUAUUGAGGCCCUCAACGAGCACCGAAUGACCCCUGGAAGCUAUGUUUUUCGCAUUAGCAUGAGUUGCAACGGAUACUGGUCCAUCGGCUACGUUGCAUCAGAUGGCAAAAUUGUUCAAGUCCUGUGCUUCGGAUUGCCCAUGAUCGACUACCUCUACUACGGGAAACAACAAGGCCUGUAUGAUUAUCAUUUUGUUCAUGCCGAAACACGAAGAGAUGACUAUACCCACUGA